AUGAGUACUGAAGAUAAGUAUUAUCCAAUUAAGAUUGAUUGUGCUGCCAACGAUUCAACCCUCACGUUCAAUCACACAUGUCUGCGUAUUAAAGACCCUAAAAGAAGUGUCAAAUUCUACGUGGAAACCUUUGGUAUGAAGUUGAUGGAUAAGAAAGAUUUCCCUGAAAUGAAAUUCUCUUUGUACUUCUUGUCUUUCCCCAAGGAGAAUUGGGAGAAAAAUUCUAAGGGAGAAGCUGAUGUUUUCGGUGCUAGUGGUAUCUUAGAAUUAACCCACAAUUGGGGAACAGAAGAUGAAGAUGACUUCAAGAUAAACAAUGGGAAUGAAGAGCCACAUCGUGGGUUUGGUCAUAUUUGCUUCAGUUAUGCAGAUGUUAGUAAAGCUUGUGAGGCUUUAGAGGCUAAGAAGGCACCAUUCAAGAAGAGAAUGAGUGAUGGUAGACAAAAGGAUAUUGCAUUUGUAUUAGACCCUGAUGGUUACUGGAUUGAAAUUGUUCAAUAUCUGAGAGAGGCCGAAGAAUUCCCAACUACUGAUGUCGGUCCAAAAUUUAAUCAUACAAUGGUACGUGUCAAGGAUCCAGUCAAGACAAUUGAAUUCUACAAAAAUGUUCUAGGUAUGGAUGUCUUGAGAACUAGUGUCAAUGAAAAAAACAAAUUCACUUUGUACUUUUUGGGUUAUCCCUUGAAGGAAGGUGAAGGGAGAGUAUCUAAGGAAGGUGUAUUAGAAAUUACUCACAAUUGGGGUACUGAAACAGAUGCCAAUUUCCAAUAUCAUAACGGUAACGAUAAACCACAAGGUUAUGGUCACAUCUGUGUAAGUUGCAAGGACCCAGCUUCUCUUUGUGAAGAAAUUGAUACCAAGUAUGGUGACAAGGUCUCUUGGGCGCCAAAGUUUAACCAGGGCAAAUUGAAGAAUAUUGCAUUUUUAAAGGAUCCUGAUGGAUACUCUAUUGAAAUUGUUCCCCAAGGAUUAGUGGUUUAA